AUGUUUCAACAACAGCAUUCCGUUCUUUUCGACAUUGUUUCGUCUCGAUUCUGUGAUUUCGUUACUCUAGUCCCUGCCGUCCACUCUAGCUUCUUGUUUUGUCAUAGUUCAUGUCAAGUUUCUCGUUGUUCUAAUCAUUGUCACCAACUCGGAUGCGAUGCCUGUGAAAUCGAAUACAUACAGCAUUUUCCGUGA